AUGGCGACAGGUAAAUACAACGUUGGUAUUAUUGGAUAUGGCUUGAGUGCAAAAACAUUCCAUAUACCUUUCAUCAAUGCGGUGCCUGAAUUCAACUUUUACGCCGUUGUUCAGCGGAGUCCAAAGCCAGAUGAUGAUGCGGAAAAAGAUCACCCUGGAAUCAAGAGUUAUCGCUCGGUGGAUGACUUGAUCAAGGAUGAUCAAGUGCAUGUUGUGAUAGUGACGACUGCACCAGAGUCUCAUCUACCUUUGGCCAAGCAAGCAUUGCAGGCAAAGAAGCAUGUGGUCGUUGAGAAGCCGUUCACACCGACAUCUGCAGAGGCACAGGAGUUGGUAGAUCUUGCAAAGGCACAAGGGGUCCUUUUGACAGUUUAUCAGAAUCGACGAUGGGACUCGGAUUUCUUGACUCUGAAAAAGUAUAUCGAUGACGGAUCUCUCGGGCGAAUUGUCGAAUUUGAGACACAUUUCGAUCGACACCGCCCGGAGCCGCCAGCGGACAACUGGAAAGCAUACCAUGCUCCUGGAACAGGAGCUGUUUACGAUCUUGGAACCCACCUGAUGGAUCAAGUUGUGCACCUGUUUGGUCUGCCCAAGAGAAUCACUGGAUUUGUGGGCUCACAGCGAGCAGUCAACAAAACCGGACUGGAAGACUCGGCUACGGUAUUGCUUCACUACGACGACCAACUGCUGGUGACGGUGAAGGCUGGAGUGGUCAGCCCAGAAGUCGACCAAUUGAGGUACUGGGUACGCGGCGAGAAGGGCUCUUUUAAGAAGUUCCAUCUAGAUCCCCAGGAAGACCAGCUCAGGAAGGAAGGAAUGAAGCCAGGAGAUAAAAACUAUGGAAUUGAACCCGAAUCUCACCAUGGCACUCUAAGCAUUUCUCAAGAUGGCAAGAUUACCAGCAGGGUGGUCCCAACCAUUGAGCCUCCCACGUAUGUUGAGUAUUACCGCCGCCUUGCUCAAGCGCUGGGUGGUGAUGCUUCGAAGAUACCAGUACCUCCGGAGGAGGCAGUCAGUGUCAUCCGAUUGGUUGAACUUGCGAGGGAAAGCUCGACAUCGGGAAGAACACUGAGCGUUUGA